AUGCCAAACGGACUGCCGCGCCUGCGGGCGCUCUUCGCCAGCUGGGUGAGGCACGGCGCGGCGGGCAUGAAGGGGCAAUCCGUGAAGGGGCAAUCCGUGAAGGGGCAAUCCGUAAAGGGGCAAUCCAUUCAGGGGAGGCAGGCCACCCGAAGCGCAGGGAGCAAAGGAACACCCAAAGCAGCUGCAGUCGGAGGGACGAUGCUGCUCAUCUCCCCCAUCAUGUUUGAGGUGAAACACAAAGAGGAAGAAAACAACCCCAAGACAGAGUACAUUUUUAUGGCAGGCAAGACGAUCGAUUUUUUAACCCAAAAAAUUUUUGAAAAUGAAUUCGGCACGUCGGUCCUUUAUUUAACUUUCUUCGUUGCGUAUCUGGCCCUCCUUGCACACGACAAUAGAAUUAACCUCCUUGUGCAGAAGCUCAAAUUCAGGUACGCAAAUGAUAUGUUUAGCGUUGGCCACCCCAACUAUGCCAGGUUCUUGGACAAGCUGAGGACCCCUCGGAAGGGCACCUAGGCAGGCAUCACCCAGGGGUGAGUGUGCACCGUCAGUGGGACUACUAAGCAGCUUCACAUCGUGCACUGCCACUCUUCUGUUGCACCGUUCCGGGGAGGGCUGCCCAGGGAAUCGAUCGACCCCCCCUUUGUAUUUUUCCCCAUUUCGAUGUGGGUGGAGCGGCACGGGGGUCAUUAACUUGGUGCAGCUGGUUAUUACCUGCAUUGGGAACCCCCAUUUGAACGCUCCUUUUUUUUUUCCUUUUUUUUUUAUUAACAAUCUGGGAGACAACCCCACCCAGCAAAGACAAACGGAUUGAUAAGGUUUUGGUGUGCACCUCAGUGGGGGUCUUUUCCCCGUGGCUCU